AUGCGAAGACCCGAGAGAAGAUUUGACACGGUUCUUAUGCCGUAUAGCCAUAUUCUACCAUAUUUAUUAAGGGGAUCACUUGUACAACUAAGGGAGUUAGGACCCCCACCAACGGUUCUUACUCCCGGUUAUGAUGCAAAUGCCCACUGUGAAUUUCAUUCUGGUGCUCUUGGGCAUUUGAUCGAGAAUUAUAAAGCGUUAAAUUACAAGGUUCAAGAUCUUAUUGAUUCUAAGGAAAUCAUGUUCUCCCCCAAGGGACCGAAUGUAAAUAACAACCCGAUGCCCCCUCACAACAAUGCAACUGUGAAUAUGAUGGAAGCUGACAAUAGAAGGAGAUUGAUGUCCUGUGUGGACGAGUUAAAAACACCACUCAUCGAGAUCAAGAAUGCUUUAAUGAGGGAUAAUGCCUUUCCCAUAUGUAGUAAUGACUGUGAACAUUGUCUGAUUAACCCGCAACAAUGUAGGAUGUUGAAGUCUAUCAUACAACAAUUAAUGGACCAAGGGAUCUUGGUGGUAGACUGCCCGUCCACAAAAGAAGAUGUGUCUACCCUCGAGAUACCAUACGACGAAGUCCCUCCUCUGCAAAUUCCAUAUGACUUCUCUCAGUUAACUUUGUCAACAAAUCCUGUUACUCCGAUCAUAAUAACAGUUCCCACGCCAUUCCUGUAUGUUGACACCAAGGCAGUCCCAUGGGUGUAUGAAACCUCAGUCUACAUUCAUGGCCAGAAAAUUCAAGAAGAACCAUUGAAGUCUAAUGAUCCAAUGAUCAAUAUCACAGGCACUGGUGGAAUUACAAGAAGUGGAAGGAUAUUUGCACUGACACUCACUCCAAUUGGAACUAUCAAUCCUUCAACUUCAGACAAAGGCAAACAAGUUGAUUGCACUCAUCAAAGACAAGAUAUUGCAUCUUCCAAUGAAGUAGACGAGUUCUUACGCAUUAUCAAGAAGAGCUAUUAUCGAGUAGUUGAUCAACUUAAUCAUACACCCUCGAAGAUCUCAAUGUUGUCUUUAUUAAUGUGCUCGGAGGCCCAUAGGGAUGCUUUGGUAAAAAAUUUGAGGACAACUCACGUACCGCAAGAGAUCUCUGUUUGUCAAUUUGAAGGGGUAGUUAACAAUACCGCUACUAGCUUAAGCUUGGUCCUAUCAAGAGUUUUGGUAGACACUGGGUCUUCCCUCAAUGUGAUGCCUAAGAGCUCCUUUGCUAAGCUAACUGUCGAAGGACUUGUAAUGAAGCCAAGUGAGCUUAUAGUAAGAGCAUUUGAUGGGACUAGGAGGACUGUAAUCAGUGAGGUGAAUUUGCCUAUGAAGAUUGGUCCCCAUACUUUCGUUAUCACUUUGUUCGUAAUGGACAUCUAUCCAGCCUACAAUUGUCUGCUUGGAAGGCCUUGGAUCCAUUCAGCUGGUGCAGUCACUUCAAUGCUCCACCAAAAAUUGAAAUUCCUAGCUGAUGAUAAACUAGUUGUUGUCGAGGGUGAGGAGGACAUUAUGGUAAGUCACCUCACAUCUUUCCGAUAUGUUGAAGGAGAAGGGGAGAUGAGGGAAGUCCCGUUCCAAUCUUUUGAAGUUAUCAAUGUUGAAAUGGUUUGCCCAACAAAGGAUGAAUCAAAAGAUUAUGAAUCUCCAAUGGAAUCUCUUAAGGACGCCCUGACCAUCAUAAAGGAUGGGCACCCCCAAGGAUGGGGAAGAUUGCUUGAACUUCCUACCAAUAAGGACCAUACCGGUUUAGGAUACAACUCCAAGAAUUUGAAGAAGCUCGCGCCGAUAGCUACAAGGGGAUCAGUGCUCUCGCUAUCCGAAAACUUCUCGAGCGCCGGUUACCUUGAUGACAAUCGCAUCUGUUCCGUGGAAGAAGACGAAGAAGAAGAUGUCGAAUUGAUCUUCAUAAACACUGAUGGAAAGGGUGCCACCAAAUGGACCGAGAUUGAAAUACCUAAAGUGACCUUGAUUAAAAUGUAA